AUGAACGCUGACGCUCUAUCAAGAAAUCCUGUAAAUCUCGAAGAAGUAAAUUGCAAACCAAUUAAUCCUAAUAGAUCAUUAAAUCUUGACAAUCCGGAAGACUUAGAAAUGGUUUCUAGAAUGCUAAAAGAAACCGACGAAGAAGAAGAGGACGAAAACUUUGAAUUGUAUCUCUCGGACAACGAGGAAGAUGAAGGUCAAAUGCCCGACAAUAAUGUGUCCGAUGAGAAUACAGACUCAAUACCAUUCACACACGAAGAACUGUGUGAGUCACCGAGAUUACAAAUCACUGAAGAAGCACUAAUCCAUGAACCAUCUAAUUACAAUCAAAUGCAAACCCGAAGUCAAACAAAAAGAAGAAGGUUUCCCCAAGAAAUAUUAUUGCAAGAAAAUGAAAAUAAAAUCGAAGUACUAGAAAAUAGAAACGAUCCACCUGACAAGGGAAAAGAUAUCGAAGAAAAUGCAAGUACCGAUAACGAGGACGACGAAUCGGAUAAAAAUAGCAAAAACCAAAGUUCGGAAAUAAAGAUUACCAAAGAUAACGUAAUAAAUAGUCGCGAUUUGUUAUUUCUACGCAGGGAUAACGUUGCUUAUUUUGUUGACACCAACGGAAGGCCAUUAGAUUCAGGUUCUCAGAAACUUUUCGAAAGAAACGAAAUCCCUUGCCUGGGAGAUCUGACCGUAGGCCAAGCCAAAGCUAUAAAAUAUAAAAAGCAUUACCAUAUUGCCUUACCUGUUAGCGAAGGACAACGUGAAGGGUGGCUUCGAAGCCGGGCCUACCGGGAAACACGGAAACUCUUGGACGAAGAGUACAAGAGAUACCUCGGGAAGAAUCGUCCGGUCGAGGAUCAUUUACCACCACUAUCAUCCUCGUCACCAUCGGCUCCGCCGGCUAAUCAGGCUAAGGUUAUACCUCCUCCCCCUCGAACACCUUCACCUCCUCAGCUACCUCCUUCUCCACCCCCUCGAACUCCCUCACCAGCCUUUUCGGACGCACUUACAGAGAGAAUCUUUCCCGAUACUCCUCCACAAUCAUCCGAAUCAUCCCACCCAAUUUCCCCCAGAAGAAGUCCAUCUCCGACGAACUCCACGGACAGCGUGGAGUUCCUAGAGGAAAUUCUUCCACCCCCACCCAGAUCCUACUUCCGGAUCCUAGAAAGUGACACUUUUGAGUCACUCAUCUCCCAAUUCCCGCGGGUUACAGCCGCAUCCAUCCCUCAGGGGGCCUACACAAUCGGCCCUCAUUAUUUCGAUCCUCAAGAAAUCCGCAAUGCCAAUGCUCUGGUCAAGCUUCAACCUCCAGUAUCCCCGUAUUCCUUCCGAAUUCCACCCAUGCAAUCCUAG